CACUAAUAAACAUUUUUGCAUCCAUUCAUUUUAAAACAUAAACUACUUACAGACAUUACUGCUCCACAAUAUUUUUGUUAAAGAGAUCCUUGGUAUAUAUCGCUAUUUUAUUUUUUAUAUAUAUACAUAGGAAAUAUGGACGAAUAUUUAUUAGAAAAAAAGAAUAUUCCCAAUUAUUCACGAAGAGGAGAUAUUCACAUAUUAAAGUUAAGAGUUCAAAAUAUAUGCUGUGGAAAAGAAGCUAAUUUGAUCAAAUCCAACCUUGCAGAUCUUGAUGGAAUAACUUCUGUAGCUGUAAAUAUCAUUGGUCGCACAGCCACUAUAUCACACAAUAUAGAUAUUAUUUCAGUGUCAGAUAUAAUAGACCGCCUAAACUCUCUUCACCUUGGUAUAAGUUUGAUAGAGAAAGGACAAGUUAUUGAUAAUGAUGACAAGCAUGCUAAAUACUUAGUGUUAGCAAAAAUUUUUAAUGUUGUUCUUAUGACAUUGUUAUUUAUAGCAGUGCUAGUUGCACAUGUUAAAAACUAUUCCUUUGAAAAAUGGAUAGCAAUUCCUAUUUUUAUUUUGGGAGGCUUACCAAUGCUUUGGAAAGCAUUUAUUGAUUUCAGAAGAAAGGUAUUCGCUAGUGUGAAUUUGUUAAUGUUGAUAGCUGGAUGUGGGACAAUAGCAUUGCAACACUGGCUAGAUGGCAGCAUAAUUAUGUAUGUUUUUACGAUAGCAGAAAGUUUGGAGAAUUUAUGUCGAUAUAAAGUCGAAAAAGAUAUAGCAGGAUUGAUGCUAUCAACUCCUGAAACUGCUGUGCUAGCUGAAUCAAAUGAGAGUGUUCCUGUGGAAGAUGUAACAAUAGGAACAGAUAUUUUGAUAUGUUCAGGAGAGCGUAUACCUCUGGAUGGGGAAGUAACAAAGGGUAAAGCUGCAGUUGAUGAGAGCUCUAUUACUGGUGAAUCUAUACCAGUGAUGAAAGUAAUUGGUAAUUUAGUAUUUAGCGGAACCAUUAUUCAAAGUGGAUAUUUAAAGGUGAAAACAACAAGUGACUAUAGUACAUCCACUGUUGCACGUGUAGCUGAACUUGUGGAAGAAGCACAAACACGUACUUCUCGAACAGAAGAAAUCUUGAAUAAAUUUGCAAAAUAUUACACCCCAUGCAUACUUGUUACAAGUUUUUUUGUAUUUAUUAUUCCGUUCAUACUUUACAAGACAAAGGACGAUUUCACAAAAGAUGAUUUAAGCGUAUGGAGUGUUCGUUCAAUAAUCAUUUUAGUUGUUGCAUGUCCUUGCUCUCUCAUUAUGGCCACGCCUAUUCCGAUGAUAUGUGGUAUCACUAACGCUGCUAAAAUUGGUGCUCUUAUCAGAGGUGGUGCAAUAUUAGAAAAACUCGCAAAAGUCAAUACUGUUGUCUUUGACAAAACAGGAACUCUCACUGAAGGAAGAUUUCAAGUAGUAAAAGAAAUUGCUGCUAAAGAUGGAAGAAGAAAUGAAGCUGUGGCAUUUGCAGCUGCAUUAGAAACAAAAUCCAGCCAUCCACUUGCAGCAAGUAUAGUGAACCACUAUUCAGGUUGUAUUACAGACAAGAUUGAUGAACUUGGUUCCACUGUAGGUUUACCAGACGUCACUGGGUUUAAAAAUGAAAGUGGCAUGGGUUUAAGUGGAAUAAUCAAUGGUAAUAAAGUGUUCGUUGGAAACACUGCAUUAAUGCAAAAACACAAUGUUAUUGUUGAUGUGGAGUCGAAAAGUUGUUUUGAAGAAUGGUCUUUAGAUGGGUUCACCGUGAUAUUUGUUGCCAUUGAACAGGAGCUAUCCUUGGUACUAGGACUUGCUGAUAAAUGUCGUCAAUCUGCACCACUUACUGUACAUACAUUGCUAAGCAAGGACAUUGAAUGUGCUUUGCUGACUGGUGACAGUCAAGGACCUGCUGAGAUGAUUAAAAAGAAAGUUGGCUUGUCUACUUGCAAGUUUAACAUGAAACCAAAUGAUAAGUAUGACUGGAUAACAGAGAAAAGGAAAACCAACAAGAAGUCAGUAAUCGCAAUGAUUGGCGACGGUGUAAAUGACUGUCCGUCUCUAGCAGCUGCCGACGUUGGUAUUGCUAUCGGUCCGUCAGCUACUGCACUUGCCGUACAAUCGGCCGACAUCUCCUUAAUGACGGAUAACUUGACGAAAAUACCAGAUUUGUUUUUGCUGAGUAAGCAUUGUAGAAGAAUUGUCUUUCAGAAUAUAUUUGCUGGCAUUUUCAUUAAAAUAGUUUUUGUGCUGGCUGCUCUCGUUGGCAACACUGCAUUAUGGGUCGCCAUUUUAUCUGACGUCAUAGGCUUACUAUUUGUGACUUUGAAUGGAUUACGUCCGUUAUACUGGAAGCCGCGUCAAAUGGACGUGACGUGGAGUGUAUACGGCAAUGAUGAAAGCAUCAUGACAUCCUCCGUGUUUGUACGCAUACCAAUGGAAUAAGAUUAAUGCUUGCAUUCGUCCCUAAAUCUCGAACGACAGAUUACACAGCUUAUCAGUUAUUUGCACAGUCGACAUUUGGACAGGUGUAAGAAUAUGAUUUGUUAGUGACUAUUAUUAUCAGUGUUUGUAUGAUUUAGUCAUCUCACAAAUAUGGUAAAUUUUGAGAGUAGAAGAAAUAAUAAUGCUGUCCGUUUUACAAAAAUAAAAUAA